ACAUUUUUAUAACCCUUAAUUGUCACCACAUAGGUUAUUUUUAUUGAACUAAAAAUAUGUGUCCUGGAAACAUUUAUACAUGAUAUAACGACGUUUGUCGAAUCAGCUAGUAUAAAUAUAAUGGUGAAGAUGGCGAAGAACGAUUCGGAAAGGAUUUGCCUAGAAGUAACUGUUUUGAGGGAGGAAGAUACUAUACUAGGAGGAGAGGUAGAAAAUAUUAACCAGAUUAGUUUCUUAUUAUAAACGUCGACGUAUGUCUUUCAACAACUGAACAUUAUUAAAGGUUUUGACAGCCGCAUUCCACCACUAUGUCGAACAAGCUGACCAUUGACGUAUUUGCGGACCAAUUCGACUUAGGAUCCUUCCAGAAAAAAUGCGUAUUAAUUCUUCAAACACCGGCAACGCGAGCCUCAGUUUCAACGAUUCAGUUCUUCGCAAUCUUAGUGUCCAUAUCACUUAACAACAGGUGAGGUGGUUUGGCUCCUGUUAUAUAAAAAAAAAUAAGAAAAAACUAAAGAAUCACAUUUUAGGAUCGAAUCUAGUGUAACAGAAAAUUUAUUCCAAAACAUUUACAGCAAAUGCUUGUAAUGACAUGACAUGUCAUUAAAUUGAAUUUGCCGCGAUUCGCGCUUUUAUAAGUUGUCUGUGCAAGUUUUUAGGCUAAGCAACGGAGUCGGAGACUCGUCAGACGAUGCACGACGUUCAGAUUACUUUGUAUAUUUUAUUGUUAUAAAAACACUUGUAGAGAGUUAAAUUAAAGGAUAUAAUUGAGGAGGCGACAUUUUCAGAUUGUAUUGAGAAAUGACACGGGUGAGGGUCGCUGAAGGAAUUCUGGAAGGAGAAAAGUUACAUAAUGAUUACGGGGGGUCAUUUUAUAGUUUUAAGGGAAUACCUUACGCAGAGCCUCCUUUGAGGGAGCUAAGAUUUAAGGCUCCAAUACCAAAACAGCCGUGGACGGGUGUUCGGCUAGCCAAGGAACAUGGGCCUCGCUGUUACCAAAUUGAUUUAUUUUUUCAACCUGCAUCUAACAUGGAACCGUCAGGAAGCGAAGAUUGCUUAUACCUUAAUGUUUAUAGCCCUGACAUUGCACCGUCUAAACCACUUCCAGUUAUGGUUUACAUUCAUGGAGGUGCUUUCAUGAGCGGCAGUGGAAAUGAUGACAUUUAUGGGCCAGAAUUCUUAGUAAAACAUGACGUUAUUCUCGUGACAAUAAACUAUAGGCUCGAAGUAAUCGGAUUUCUCUGCUUGGACACUGAAGAUAUACCAGGAAACGCUGGAAUGAAAGAUCAGGUAGCUGCAUUAAGAUGGGUGAAGAAUAACAUUGAAAGUUUUGGCGGUGAUCCCAAUAAUAUAACCAUUUUUGGUGAAAGUGCUGGAGCUGCAAGCGUAUCUUAUCAAUUAGUUUCACCAAUGAGUAAGGGCCUUUUUCAAAGAGCAAUUAUGCAAAGUGGGACAUUAUUGUCUCCUUGGGCAUACAGUUCAGUCAGUGCACGACAAAUAGCCUUCCUACUUGCCAAACAUAUGGGAUGUGAUAGUACUGACGACAAAGUAAUUUAUGAAUUCUUUAAAACUCAACCAAUCGAAAAUCUAAUAAUGAAACGAUUUCCUUUAACCUACGCUCAAAACGCAAAAAAUUGGGUGAGCGUUAUGUUUUCUGUCGUUGCGGAAAAAGAAUUUCCUAACAUUGAGGCUUUUUUUACCGGUGACGUCGUCGAGGUACUGCGUCAAGGUAUUCACGAAGGUGUUGAUGUUAUAAAUGGAUGCACAGCAGACGAGGGAACAGUUGGUUUUGUUUCAGGACUUACAGCUGAGACCGUAUAUGAACAGGCCAGCAAAUUUAACGAACUAUUAAUUCCGCAACCACUAACAUAUCAUUGUUCAACAUUGCAACAAUUAGAAAUAGGCAAGAAAGUUAAAGAAUUUUACUUGAAGGAUGCAAGUACGCUUGAAGAGGUUGUGCAAAAAGUCGUAAGAUUUAUGGGGACGGAUUAUUUUAAAUAUUAUGCAUCCUUAUGGCAAAAGAUAUGUGCAAAGAAUAAUAAAAAUAGAAUAUACUAUUACAAAUUCACGUGUCAUUCCCAAAGGAAUAUUUUUUCAAAUCGAUUUAAUGCGGGAAAAUUUUUACCCAACACCUCAGUGUCUCACUGCGAUGAUCUGGCUUACAUAUUUCCUUGUAAAUCUUUACUACCAAAAGUAGAACCGAACUCCAAAGCAUACAAAAUGAUAGACAGUGUUACACAAUUGUGGUCUAACUUUGCAAAGUAUGGAAACCCGACGCCUGACAACAAUUUAAAGGCAAUAUGGGAGCCAUUCACAAUUGACAAACAGUAUUAUAUGGAUAUUGGCGAAAAACUUCAGCUGAACUCGGAACUUGACAAGGAGGAAAUCACUUUUUGGGAAACGAUAUUUAGUGAAUAUUUUCCUCGCUUAGUGCCAUAAAUAAUUUAAUAAUUUUUCAUUUCAUAGAAUUUAUAAAUGCCACACCUAAAAGGUACUGACAUUUUAGGUAACAUUGGGUUUAAUUGUUUUAAACUAUAACACGUUUGAAAUAUGUGAAAUGUAAUCUAAAAUGGAAUAAAGACUAUAUAAUACACUCA